AUGGUCGAUACAAAUAUCAAGGGAACAGCAAAUGUGCUUCGCCAUUUUGUACCACUUAUGAUAGAGAAGAGACAUGGGAUUAUAAUCAAUCUAUCCUCUGGUUGGGGAAGAUCUGCUGCUGCAGAGGUUGCUCCAUAUUGUGCUUCGAAGUGGGCGAUUGAGGGCUUGACACGCUCGUUGGCUAAAGAGCUACCACCUGGAUUGGCAGCCAUUGCUCUUAGCCCUGGUGUUGUGAAUACUGACAUGCUUAAUUCAUGCUUUGGAAGCUCUGCCGCAUUAUAUCAAACAACUGAAACAUGGGCACCCAAGGCAGCUACAAUGAUACUAAGCCUUUCACUGGACAAUAACGGUGCUUCCUUGACUGUAUGAAGUCGUGAAAUUAUGUGCUCAACUGAUUGCUGAUGGGUUAUCUUCAUCUCUUGUAGCCUGAUGUGUAGAUUUUUGCGAGAUUAUGGUGAUGUAAAAUAGUACUGAUAAUGCGUGUCUGCACUCUGAUGUCCCUAGCUGCUGUCUGAACGUUGUUGUUUAGCAUUACCUCUAUGGCCUAUUCAUAUGCUCAUAUGGUGAG